UUUUUAAAGAAAAGUUAAUAAAGGCUACUUAAAUGUCCUAAUUUCUUGCAACGAUCAUUGGCUGGCUUAGCUUUCAUUCAGUAAUGGUAAGGAAUUCCUCUCUCUAAAUACUGCAGCAUGAUAGUUAACUCAUGACACCUGCUCUUUAGUUGACGAUGGGCAUCACCUGUGCACAAUGUUUGGUUUCUUUCCUUUUAGAAAACUUUAUGAGUAUUGCUUUCAGCUCUUGAUCUUGAAGGCUUUAAAUUGUGGUGGUUUCUGUAGAUCUUGACCACCUGAGAACAGAGGCCUGUUUUUAGUAAUGAUGUCUUGGCUUCUUGGGAUUUGUACUUUAUGGAUGUUGAUGGUUGUGGUUUUGGCACAGAAGAAUUUCAAUGUGGUUCCAGCACAGAAUUUCAACCAAAGAACUGGACUGAAAACCGAUUGUCUGGGAAAUUAUAUGCGGCUAACUGUAGAUAAAUCUCUAUCUGUUGGAAGUCUGGUUGAAUUUGAUGCUAUCAAUGGCUCCCAAAUUGUGCCUAUAACGCCAAACCUGGCUAGUCAAUGUGGCUUUAGUAUAGACUCUGAUCCCUGGGGUAAUUACAGAGUCUUUGCGUCUCUCCUCAACUGUUUUGCAGGGAAUGAGAAUGAUCAUUUGUUUGAUAUUGACAUGCGUGUCCGGGUGCAAGGUGUCAAAGCGGAGCAAGAUUUCUUUCUGGUAGAGAAGACCUGUACCCAUGACCAAUGGGCCCCUCGUGAAAUUCUUUGCGAUCGGAAUUAUAUGGAGGUUUCCGUUAACCGAUUGCCAGGGGAAAUUACAUCCAUGCGUAGGCGGCCCAAGCAGGCCCAAGAUAAAGUAAUGUUUGAUAACCAAUGGACCGAUACGGUUUCUGAGGCUAUUACCUCCAGAUACAACAUCUGGCGGAUGGUAUUUUUCACACCUACACAAAAAGCCAUGGUGUUGGAAGAUGCUCUAAAGACAGGAUAUGGAGUAACAACAACCAAGUCUCGAUUGGUGCUGCGAAGUGGUUAUGACAUGCCUGAGACCUAUGUAGAAAAUGUGAAUGGAGUGCCAAUGAAGAUAAUCAGGGUGACUACCUACUUCAAGAGACAGUGGUCCGUAACCAUGUUGGAUACUGUUGCUGCAUGUCCAACUGGUGGACUGACUUUUACUGAUGACAUGAUCACCUGGUACUUCCCCCGAUUUAAUCCACUAAUGAGUUCUUCUAAGACCAGUAUCCUUGGGAUGUACAUGGGAAUUGAUGGAAAGCGAAUAAGCUCUGAACAAAUGGCUGUUGGAGGAUAUGUCUUGACAAUAGAAGAUGACAAAAUUGCAAUGAAAAUACCAAUGGGUGGACCAGAUGGCUACUACAAGAGUCAUGUUGUGAAUAACCAGUACCACAUCAGAUACAGCAUCGAGGCAAUGCUGGAAUUACUAUGGAGUGAGGGAGGCUUGGAUGCUACUAGAUACACAGUCCUCUUCCCCAUCAAGACUCCUCUUAUGCCUAGACCACCCCAAUUUGUUGACCUCAGUGAUACAGACCAAAGGAUAUUUGAUGUGCUCUUGGGUCCUUUCCUUUAUGAUGUCGAGUUGGUAAACAUCACCUUUUCCACUGGAGUACUUACUGUAGCAGAGGCCAAUGUGAGGGGUUUCAACAUACAGGAACAGCGCUUUCAAAAUGGCUCCAAGGCGUUUCGACUGAAAGUCCCCUUCUCUGAUCCUUUUGUUGUGAAAACUCAAACCGAUCUAUUGGCUAUGGUUUAUACUCUUCCCCUUGUCUACGGAUUUAUGAUCCUCCCUGAAUACACUCCGUUCUCCUACAUUGCAAGUGUUGAUGUCCGUCUUCAAGAUAUCGUUCUCCCAACUGUGGGUGGGACCUGUGACGAGGGAAAUUUCUACGUAAAGAUCUCCUAUGGAAAUAUUGGCAAAAACUUUAAUAUUAUGCUGGGUACGCGUGACCUGACUCCGGCCCGGAGUGCAGAGUAUGGCAUGAAGGAGAACGCUACUCACAUUAGCUUGGUGGUGCCUUUCCUAGCCCUUGACGUUGCAUUUGAGCUGAUGUACCCAUCAUCCUUGAGAGCAAGACUUGAUGUGUUGCUAUGGGAGCCCGUCAACAAAUGGUCCCUGAGUGAUUUUUCCCUGGCUUGCAACUUUCCCAUGACCAUGACUGAGUGUUUCAGCAAUGGCUCCAUGUCAGCCCUUGCGGUAAAGGUGGAAUCAGUACCUCAGCUUGUCCCCCGUCAACUUACCCUGAGAGAUCCCUCAUGCAGACCCAAAUUCAGCAAUGACCGCUUUGCCUACUUCUCUUUUGAUGCAAACAGUUGUGGAACCACUAGAACGUUCUAUGAUGGCGUCUUGAUGUAUCAGAAUGAAAUCACUUUAGGUAACGGGCUACCAGUUUACCAGCAGGGUAGAAAAGGAGUACCCUCUAGUCCUCCUGAUCCAGAGUAUCGAGUGAUCAUGUCCUGCUUUUACACUCUAAAUGAUACCCGGACAGUUGCCUUUUUCACAAAGCCACGGGAAAGUGAACCUUUGCCGGAGACUGGUUUUGGGGAGCUGCAAGUUGUACUGAGACUUUCUAGGGAUGGCUCUUAUAAUAACUUCUAUGUAGAGGAGGACUACCCAGUUGUACAGUACUUAAGAAGUCCUCUGUUCUUUGAAGUGGUGUUGCUUCAGUCCACUGAUCUUCAGAUAGAGCUAGUCUUGGAGAACUGUUGGGCUACUCUGAAAGAAGGCCGGAACUCUACUCCAAGAUGGGACUUGAUCGUAGAUGGCUGUGUGAAUCUGGCUGACCAUUACCAGACCACUUUCCACCCUGUGCCUCUCGGUGUGGUUCCGUACCCAUCUCACAUGAAACGCUUUGAAAUCAAGAUGUUUACUUUUGUGCAGAAUGAUGUCAUGAUCCGAGAUCAGAUCUAUGUGCACUGUGAUGCUGUGCUCUGUGAUGUCGAUCAGAAUGAUGUUAUCUGCAAGAGACAGUGUCCAUCUCCCAUUCCUUUAAAGACUGGAAAUAAAGUACGAAGAGCCGCUACUGAUGCCCAGAUCCAGAAAGCACAGUUAUCAACAGGAAAAAUACUGCUCUUUGCCUCUUAGUCAACUUGUUUUGCAAUCUUAAUAAAGUCUCCUUCAAAAAGC